UGUGUGGGCGGAUGAGGAAGUUCAGAGCACGGAUUGAUGGUCACACACCGACUGUACGGGCACAACAGCGGCAGCAGCAGCACAACGCCGGGAUCUCCAUCCACCAAUUUCUGUGAUCGGAGGGGAUCCGCGCAUGGGAAGAUGACAAUCAAGUUUGGGCUCAUCCUCUUCAUACUUCUCGUUCAAUGUGCUCGUUCUGAUCUACUGGAAUAUGGCGACGACGAUGAAGAUCCUAACGAUACCACUGUCAAUCAAAUGCUGGUGCCCAGGUCGCACCAGGAGGAUGCCACACUGAUACUGAACAAUUUGCUGAAGGAAUAUGACAAGACGCUGCGGCCGGACAUUGGAGUGAAACCUACAGUCAUCGAUGUGGGAAUAUAUGUCAACAGCAUCGGGCCUGUGUCAUCCAUCGAUAUGGAGUACCAGAUUGAUAUCAUCUUCGCCCAGACCUGGGUGGACACCCGUCUGCGGUUUAACAGCAGCAGCAGCAUGCGGCUAACCCUCAACAGCAAUAUGGUCGGCUUGAUCUGGCUGCCCGACACCAUCUUCAGAAAUUCCAAAAACGCCGACUCUCACUGGAUAACGACACCCAAUCAGCUGCUCCGCAUCUGGAACAAUGGAAAAGUACUCUACACGCUGAGGAUGACCAUCAACGCAGAAUGCCAGCUGCAACUCCAUAACUUCCCAAUGGAUGAGCAUUCCUGUCCUCUUGUCUUCUCCAGCUACGGCUACCCACGAGACGAGAUUGUGUACAAGUGGAGCCAGAACUCGGUGGAGACUUCGGACCAGAAGUACUGGAGGCUUUACCAGUUUGACUUCAUGGGGCUGCGAAACUCCACAGAUGUGCUCACGACGACGGCAGGAGACUAUGUGGUGAUGACCGUGUACUUUGACCUCAGCAGAAGGAUGGGCUACUUCACCAUCCAGACCUACAUCCCCUGCAUCCUGACUGUGGUCCUCUCCUGGGUCUCCUUCUGGAUCAAGAGCGACGCCACGCCUGCGCGGACGGCCCUAGGUAUCACCACAGUGCUGACCAUGACCACGCUGAGCACAGUGGCCAGGAACUCGCUACCCAGAGUGUCCUACGUGACGGCCAUGGACCUGUUUGUCACCGUCUGCUUCCUGUUCGUCUUCGCCGCCAUGAUCGAGUACGCCAUGCUCAACUACUGCUCCUACAGUAUACGCAGACCUCCUGCCAAGACGCAGAGAAUGGCCUACUCAUCUUUCAACAUGGGUCACACCCCUCGGUCCAUGAUGCCCAUGGGCAACUCCUUGUUCUGGCAGGAAUACGACGACAACUGCCUGUACGAGUGCCUGGACGGGAAAGACUGCAAGAGCUUCUUCUGCUGCUACGAGGAGUGCAAAGAAGGCGGCUGGAGGAAAGGACGCAUCCACGUCAACAUCGGCGAGCUGGAUGCCUACUCUCGGGUUUUCUUCCCCACCUCUUUCUUGCUCUUCAACAUAGUCUACUGGGUCAGCUACCUCUACCUCUAGUCGGUCUCGGGCUGUGACACGUGGGUCCUGCUGAAACAGCCACAGUCCCCGCCACUUUGCACCGCGGCCUUAAGGUCAAAACUAAGCGAGGAGGAGGAAAUAAGGUGGAUCCACUCUGUGGCAAUUGUGAAAGACAUGUUGCCUCUGGAGCGGCAACAAAUACAUGUGUGCUGCAGUGCACAGUGAAAAGGCCAUGACACUUUGAGCAGUGGCACUCCGAGGAGAAUAAAACGCUCAGCUGUAGAACAACAAGCCGCCAGCAUUAACUUGAAUGGUCCCGUUUAUGGCUCUCAGAAACCAAACAACAGACAGCUGUGACUUCAGAGACGUUCGGGGACGGGGUUGCAUUGCUGAAUCUUGGUCAUCGAGAUGGCGAAGCACCCAUAGUGCCUUCUUUAGAAAGGGUGCGGCACCAAGCUUCAGCUUCAGAGUUCCCUUCAUUAUGUUUAAGCAGCGAUGGUUGUCGGCACGGCUGUGGCGGCUCGAGAAACAAUCCAACGUAACUAUUACAGCGGCUACUUGGCGGCGUCAUCUCGCUGGCAAUUGAUGACUAUGAACCAAAUGUGCUUCACACACAAAUCUUCUUUUCCUCGAACGCCGAAGCCGCCGCCUUCGACCUCCGCUGCUUAAAGUCCCCAUCACACCGCCGCAUGCUGAGCUGUUUAUUCUUUGAUUAAACAAACCCGGAACACCACUGGAGAGGUUUAAAACUAACACUCACCUUUCAUUUUGUAGCACAUUAGUUUUAGUUGUACCCUAGAAUUAGUUCUUUCUAAUAAUAGCAACCUUUUCUUCCUCUUAUUAUUACUAUAAUUAGAAUUAGUUGUAUUUUUACAGUCAACUAGCUCAGCCAUCAGUUGUUAAUUGUUGAAUAUGAGUUUGUGUCAGGGGCAGUGGAUGUCUGUUUAUUCAGUCAGUGAUGCUUUAUGAUGAUACAGUUUACAGUAGAUGCCAAGAAGAUUUGUGUGUUUUAUAACUAAAUGCUGGGUGACGUUCUUGCACACAAAAUGUAUAAGAACUGCAUAAAUACAUACCAAUCUAAUAUUAAACAUGCUAAUCUCAUCCAUAGGCAUAUUAUGUAAGUUACAGUACAUGAACAGAUCGAGCUAUAAAAACAGUUCCACUCUUUAUUUUACACAUUACUAUCUUUAUUUGCCUCAUUGGCCUUUAAUUUCUAAUUUCUCCUGUUAGAUGAUGCAACUUAAAACUUCCUUCAUCUUCUGUCAACAUAGAGUCAACUUCCAGAGCACUGAUUCCAUCAGAACAUUAUUAAGUUCCUGUUAUAGGUCAAACCCACCAACCAGAACCAGUGUUUAUGAAGUUGCUGAGUUGACUGGCAACUGUUUUCGGUUUAGAAAUAGUUUAGCAACAUGUAGCUGAGCAAGAUGUCAUUUUCACACUUUGGGUUCCUGUAUGGAUUUCGGCAUUAAUAAAGCCAGGCCAGCUGUGAUCCUGUUUCCAGCCGGUUGCUGCUGCAGCUUUAAACUUUGCGUACAGACAUAAAGAGUCGUCAUCUUUUCCAUUUAACGCUCCGGCUCAAAGCGAGUAAGCGUUUCUCUCAAAGUGUUAAACUAUUCAAAAGCACAUACAAACACACACUGUACAUGACCUCGAGCUCUGAUAAUAAGUACUGAUAAUCAUCCCGUUUCCCUUAACGGCACAUCCUCUUGUGCCCCCCGGCGAUGAUCACAGGUGCUGUAAAAUAGGUUCUAUAUGUUGUGAUAAACUCACAUACUGUACACAGAGCGUAAUGAUUUAGGAUGGUUGUUAAUGUCCCACGUCGUCUCCUCAAAUAUGUGAAACCGAUGCUACACAUGGAGCUACACGGACACGACAGGACGGUAUACGGCGUUUGAAACAUUUUGGUUCUGUUUACUGUUCUAUAGUGUUUUUUGCAGUCGUUUGGCUUCGUAGAACAAUCAACCCCCCUCUCCCCCCCCCCCCCCCCCUCCAACGCACACUUUUCCCCCGGUAUUUAUAUGUUCAGAGAAAAGCUUUUAUGUACAAUGUAUCUAAUUAAUGUUUCUAUUUUCAUACAGUUAUAUAUGGAAUGUAAAUUAGGCCAGUAGCGAGGCCGGAGUCAAUCUGGUUCCAGUUCAGUCAGUUCAAGCCGCCUAAAUGAUUCAGAUUUAGGAUUCCUAUUUACCCCCGAGGCCUGCAGACACGCUACUGGCCCGGAGGUUUGUAAUUACAAUAGAGUGCUGAAGGGAUGACGCACCGCGCCGAAGUUAGCAUCGUGCCGAAGUUAGCAUCGCGCCGGCUUCCCUCGACAGAAUUAUUUUAUCGGAUUUUACAUUAUAAAUAAAAAGCGAAUUUAGGAAUAAACUAACUAUACCACAGUCACAUGACAUCACCACCACUGAGACGUGGAGACGUUUAAGUAAUCUCAUUUAGCCACUUGUUGACAUUCAAUAAACCCUUUCCCUUCUAGACGAGGGAACCGGAAGUGCGGUCAAUGCCGACUCAUUUCCGCGUUUAAGGAUCCGUUCUUGCAGCACUCUUUUUUAGCUCCUAACCGACAGUGGAAUUGCAUUAGUAUUUCAGAUCUAUACGAACUGACUGAACGGAACAGAGCUUGGCCCACACCGCAGUUAACCCUCCUCACCUCUGAUAUUUCUACUACACUUUAUAAGUGUCUUAGUCUGUUGAGAUACUUCAAUAAAACAAAAUCACUAUUUUCUACGUCUUAAUGAAAUCACCUGUGUUUAUAAAGCCUCUUUUGAAUCAGAGUACUAACCCAUAAUCAGCAUUACUCGCUCAAAAGCCUCGGAGACCUCAUCACCCCCAUCAAAGCUUCUCUGAAAAGCGGUGCAUCGGUCGCACCGCGGUGUCACCCGCCAUGUACUACUCCUGCUUUAUCCUGCUAACCAAUUUUGUUUUAAUUGUCAGUGAGGUCUCCGGGGACGAGACCGUAUAGAAGAAAAAAAAAAAGGCCACUCUGACUUUGCAUCGGCUCUCCUGAGGGGAAAUAUUUUAUGAAAACAGGAUCUAGAGUGAAAAUAGGUAUCUUUUUUCUAGUGUGUGGUACAUUGCUUAUAUUAAUAAAUAACGUUUUGGUCAAGUGCUA